AGCAUACCAGUCAUCACCUUAAACCCAAGUAGAUUUAAAGCUUUUAAGAGCGAGCGCGUCUGAGCAAAGACCUCGGACGGAGUCGACUUUGACCACAUGCGCGCGCUGGCUCUCGUAUACUUAAGCGAUGACGCGUGCUCGCGUUCGCUGUCUCCCCUCGACUGAUGAUCGGACGAGGGGCCAGCGGGGGCGGGAGACACCGAGGUGCGGAAAACGCGUGUAAAGCUGGUAAGACGGGAGGAAGAGUGGAGAGCGGUACGGGUAUUCCCGUUUUGGAGAAGAGUGGGGCAGGCCGGUAUCUCCGGGUUCAUGCUCUCUGAAGAGAGAGAGCCCCAGCCAGUCUCGUGAUCGGACUCCGAGCGUUCGAAUCGACGGUUCGUGGCUCGUUUCCCCUUCUUCAUCCUCCUCCACUAGCGAGCAAGAAAAAGGGCCAAUCUCGUCUCCCUCCCACCAACAUCGGUUGUGUUUCCUACGAGUUUCCUUUGUAGUUCUGCUUUGGAAGAUUUUUUUCUACUUCGCUCUUGAACCCUUUCGGAUCAGCUUCGCCAGGGUUACUUUCCGGCGACCUCCAGAAUCAGCUGCCUCCAGAAUCAGCAAGCCGUAGCAGCGAUAGUGCAUCAAGAGCAACGGGGGAAGAGAGAAGUCGCGAAUUUGCGCAACUCUGGUCGAGGUAGAAAGUGCGAAAGUUUGCGUGAAAGCUCGCUCGACAAUUUCACGACGUGCCAGCGAGUGAGCGGGUGAGUGUUCCGUGUGCAAGCCACGUGAUUAUUUCGAGCAUGUACAUCUUGAGGAAGUCAGAAAUUCUGCAAUACGAGAGAGGAAUCGCAUCCGGUUAUCAGGUGUGCGGCGAUUUCCUGCGGGUCUAUCAUGAGUUGCUGCAACGGUAUAUGGACAUUGGUGAGGACAUUGGCGUUCCUGAAGACUUCACGAAUAGCGAGAUGGACGCGGGAGUGUGGUGGAAACAUUUGAUAUCCGGCGGCAUCGCCGGUACUGUUUCACGUACCUGCACCGCCCCCCUAGAUCGCAUCAAGGUCUACCUGCAGGUCCACGGCACACGACACUGCAAUAUCAUGAGUUGCUUCAGGUACAUGGUGCGCGAGGGCGGCCUGCGCAGUCUGUGGCGCGGUAACGGCAUUAACGUGCUCAAGAUCGCGCCGGAGUCAGCGAUCAAGUUCAUGGCGUACGAGCAGUUGAAGAGAAUCAUCAAGGGAAAUAACGAUAAACGCGAACUCGGUUUAGGCGAGCGCUUCUGUGCAGGGUCCUGCGCUGGCGGCAUCAGUCAGAGUGCCGUUUAUCCUCUCGAGGUUCUAAAGACGAGGCUGGCUCUGCGGAAAACGGGCGAGUUUAACGGCAUGAUCGACGCAGCCAAGAAGAUAUAUAGGCAAGGUGGUAUAAGAUCCUUCUACAGAGGCUACAUUCCUAAUCUGAUCGGGAUAAUUCCGUAUGCUGGCAUCGACCUUGCCGUUUACGAGACGUUGAAGAACCGUAUCAUUUUACGUCAACCGCUACCUCCUAUUUCGUUCGACAAAGAGCAGCCGAAACCGGCGUUUUGGAUCCUAUUAUUUUGCGGCACUAUGUCGAGUACUGCGGGUCAAGUGUGCUCGUAUCCUCUCGCGCUAGUGCGUACCCGUCUGCAGGCGGAGAUCGCGACUGACAAACCCCAGACUAUGGUCAGCGUGUUCAAGGACAUCAUCAGUCGCGAGGGUGUGCGCGGCCUUUAUCGUGGUCUUACGCCCAACUUUCUCAAGGUGGCACCUGCAGUGUCCAUUAGCUAUGUCGUGUACGAGCACUUACGGCACACGUUGGGCGUCAACAUGACGUGAUAAACAUGCACACUAGGCCAUUUUUAUUAAUUAACUCAAUUAAU